AUGGCGCACGGCCGGCCUCUCCACCGGGAGUUCUCUCAACUGUGUCCCUCCGAGCCCGGGAGCCUCCUCGACCGCGUGCGCAACGUCGUCGGCCUCGGAAGUGGCACUUUGCUGUCCGACAACGCCAACAUCUCCGUGCUGCCGCUCGGUGACGGCCGGGUGAUGUGCCUCACGGAGACCACCAAGAGCUCCGUUCUGAUAGACCCGGAGACUCUCGACACCAUCGGCAAGUUCCAUUACACGGACAGGCUAUGGAGUUGGUUACAGACCACGCACCUGGCUGUGACAGGGACCGAGUUGUUGACGCUGCUCCCGGACAACUUCCGGCGUGGCCAUCGUGUCGUCAGGAUGGCAGCCGGGAGGAACGAAAGGAAAGUGAUCGAUUGGGAGAUAGUGCACUGCCGGGGAGGGCACACACCGGGAUGGGUGCAUUCGUUCGCCGUCACUGAGAAGUACAUUGUCGUUCUCAAGUCUCAGCUGACACCUUGGUAUAUCUUCGACUGGCUACCGGAGUCUGGGAGCUACAUGCACGUCAUAUGCAAGUCCUCCGGAAGGACCGUGGCGAGCGUGGAGGUUCCUCCUUUCAUGGCAUUACACUUCAUUAACGCAUACCAACAGAGAGAUGCGAUCAUCGCUGACUGCUGCGAGUACUAUGCUGAUCCAUCUGUCAUCAAGGCACUUGCACUACAUAGACUAAGAUCGUCUGGGAUUAACAAGGAUGCAUUCCCUGAUGCUAGGCCAGCUGGAAACUGUGCUGGACCUGAGGUGCACGGUCGGGGAGUGGAGUUGUCUUCCAUCAAUCCGGCCUACCAGGGCAAGGAGCAUCAUCGUUAUGUUUACGCAUGUGGCGCCCAACGGCCAUGCAAUUUCUUCAACUCGCUCACCAAGAUCGACCUACUGGAGAAAGGUGCCAAGAACUGGCACGAGGUGGGCUCUGUGCCAUCAGAGCCCUUCUUUGUGGUGAGGCCAGGUGGAACGGCUGAAGAUGACGGGGUUGUGAUAUCUAUUGUAAGCACCAUGGAUGGUGACGGGUAUGCGCUGCUGCUGGAUGCGACGACUUUCAAAGAAAUUGCUCGAGUAAGGUUCCCAUAUGGCCUACCAUUCGGCUUCCACGGCUGCUGGAUUCCAGAGAAGAUAUGA